AAAAUAGAUUUGGAAUUUCCUCUGCAUAAACUAUCUCAUCCAAAACGCCAGCAGAAAGUUAUAUCUUUAUGUUGAAAAUAAUCCAAGCGAGACUUUGCGGACUGGUGAAAUGCGCCGAACGAAAAACUGCAUCUUCUCCCAAUUUCUUGUGUGUUUGUUCUCAUUUUUUAAAUUUUUUUUUAUUUUAGAACGUGGAAUAAGAGAGUAUAAGAAGCCAAAUUAUUAAAAAAAAAUUGGAGGGGGUGUUAAAAGCGAGGCCAGCCGGGCCAGACAUUUCUGUUAAAAAUAUGCAUUCGGAAAUUUGACCUAAUUUUUAGCUUAUUUUAUUUGUAAAAAGAAAAUAUAGUAUCAUAAAUGUUGAAUGGUCAAAAGCGAGGCUAGACGAGUAGUGAUAAAAGGAUGGUUCUGGCACAGGUGAUACUGGCACACUUGAUGGGGUCUGGUGGGGGAUAAUUUCAUGGGGUCUGGUGGGGGAUAAUUUCAUUGGGUCUGACGAUGUUAUGAUUGAUGGGGUCUGGUGGGGGAUUACUCCAUGGGGUUUGACGAUGUUAUGACGUCACGGAAAGGGGGAACAGGCACAGAUGACGUCACUUGAAGGGGAACUGGCACAGAUGACGUCACUUGAAGGGGGAGCUGGCACAGAUGACGUCACUUGAAUGGGGAGCUGGCACAGAUGACGUCACUGGAAGGGGGAGCUGGCGCAGAUGACGUCACUUGAAGGGGGAGCUGGCACAGGUGGCGUCACUGCAAGGAGCUACUGGCACAGGGUCAAAGUCCAACUUUUCAGGACCGCCUCACACGUCAUCACGCCUCACUCAUGGGGGCUGACGGUGUAUAGAUUUCUGCCCCCCCCCUUUGUAGAUACUGGGACCGCCUCGGUCCAAGGAGUAAUCCCCCACCAAACCCCAUGAAAUUAUCCCCCACCAGACUCCAUGAAAUUAUCCCCCCACCAGACCCCAUCAAGUGUGCCAGUAUUCACUUUGCCAGAACCGGCCUUUUAUCACUACUUAGACGGACCAGUGAUUGGUUUUCGAAAAUCCGUCUAACGAGAAAAAGAGCAUAUUUUUUCCAAAUUUCAUGUCUACGUUCUAUUUUUUUUUCUUUUUUUGGGGGGAAAGGGAUGGGUGGUCAAAAGCGAGGCUAGACGUACCAGUGAUUCGAAAAUACGUCUGACGAGAAAAAGCGCAUUUUUUUCCAAUUUUCAUAUCUCUAUUGUCUAAUUUUGAUUUUUUUUUGUCAGGUGGAAUAAGAAAAUAUAAGGGGCCAAAACGGUUUAACCAAGGAAAGGGGUGAGUGUGUAAAAGCUAGGCCAGCCGGACCGGUGAUGAUUAGUUUUCGACAAUGCGUUCAGAAAGUGCAUUUUUUCCAAAUUUCAUGUUUGUUUCAUGUUUCAUGUUUUUUUUUUUUUUUGCCACGUGGAGUAAGAAAAUAUAGGAGCCAUAAUAGGAGGAGUAAAAAGGGGGGUGUUAACAGCGAAGCCAGACGGAUCAAUUAAAUUUCUUCAAAAAAAAAAAAAAAAAAAAACGGAAAUAUUUUCUAAUUCCAGUUUUAUUUAUUUUUCUUAUUUUAUGUACAAUAAGAAAAUUUAGGGAGCAGAAAGGGUUGUGUGAUUAAAGCGAGGCUAGGCGGACCAGAGAUCUGUUCUUAUUCUGUUCAAUCACUGCCCGCUUAUUGGCUUUUCCACUCCACUUUGUCUUCAAUUUAUCACAGUAACUUAAAAUUUCAUCUUUUUGUUAUCCUCUUUGUUGAGCUGUUUCAGCCUGAGAUUUAAUCUUGUUGAGCAGAAAAAGAUUCGGCGAACUAGAAAUGGAUAGAUUAAAAUACAAAUUAAUUGUCUAUCCGGCCCAAGAAAUGCAGUGGGAAGUUUGUUUUCACUAUAUUAAAACGAAAUAUUUUUCUUCUCGAUUUUUUUCAGAAAGGAAAGACGCCGAAAAGAAGUUCGACUGCCCCUCAUGCAGAAAAAGCUACGUCAGGCGGUCCCACCUUUUACGACACAAGAAGUUCGAAUGCGGCAAAUCGCCAGCGUUCAGCUGUCCCCAUUGCCCCCACAGGACGAAGCUAAAAGAAAAUCUCAAAAGGCACAUUGCCAACAAACAUUUUUUUGUACAAGAGUUUCCCCAAUAGAGGCUUAUUUAAAUAUUUUAAUUAUUUUUUCAUGAGCAGCUUCCCAGCUUUUCCAGGUCCACAGGUGGUUUUGAAGCCGCAUCGUUGCCCCGGCUGUGGUAAAACUUACAAAAGGAAGGCUCACCUUUUGCGCCAUCUUAAGUUCGAAUGCGGCCAAGCACCGCGAUUCUCCUGCAUUUACUGCUCUCACAAGUCGAAAUUGAAAGACAAUCUUAAGAAACACAUGUACAACCAGCAUUUGGAGGAAACAUUAAAAAACGGCUUCAAUAUAACAACACCUACAACCCUUCUAGGAUACAGCGGGUCGGCGGCUUCGUACUUCUUCUGCACCGGCUGCAACAAGCGGUACAAGCACAAGUCCCAUCUGAAGCGCCAUCUUAAGUACGAGUGCGGGAAGGAGCCGCAGUUCGCCUGUCCGCAUUGUCCGUAUAGGGCCAAGUUGAAGCACGCCCUCAAAAGCCACAUGUCCCACAGACACCUCGGCUUCAACAACAAUCUUUUAGCAAAAGUUAAAAUUUCAAAUGGUCAAGCGAGGCACAAGGACAAGACGAACUACUUCGCCUGUCAGAACUGUGAUAAGUCCUACAAGAGGAAAUGGCACCUGAAAAGGCACGUCGACUUCGAAUGCGGAAAAGAGCCAACGUUCCAGUGUCCCAACUGUCCUUACAGGGCAAAGUUGAAAGACAGCCUGAAAACCCACCUAGUCCUGAAACAUUUCUAUUCCCCAGGCGUUGAUCCUGCACAUCGUGAAGCGUCACAAGAUGAACCCUUUUGUGACGAUCACCUGAAGAAGCCAGUACCCGGAGUUUUUCCAUUACUGAUUUUUAUUUUUUAUUUUGUAGAUAAAUUGAAUAAAAGAUUCACGUGCAGCAAGUGUUUCACUUCUUACAAGCAUAAGCAUACUUUGACAAAACAUGUCAAAUACGAGUGCGGGAUCGAGAAGCAGUUCGGCUGCCAAUUUUGCCCUUUCAAGUCCAAAAGGAAGCACAACGUCAAAACUCAUGCCAUCAGAAUUCACAGCUUGUUAUUGGGAUAAUUAUAUUAGUAACUUUUUUUUUAAUUCUGUGACAAAUAUACUGUUAUUUUAACAAUUAUUGAACUGUUCAUUCAAAAUAAAAAUUGAUUCUAAAACCCACGAACGAGUUAUAAUGGCCCAUGCCUUCCAGAUCCUCACGAUGGUAAAUUCACUCCAAUCUUUUCCUUUAACACUGAAGUAAAAAUUAAAUUUAAAAAAAAAUCAUGGAACCUUACCUAGACAUAUCAAUUAAUAAUAUAUUUUAUUUUUACCUAGAUAAAAUUUCUCUUUUAGCCGAGGUAUGGCCAAAAUCUAAAGGUUUCGACCCGGAAAAGAAAAUAUAAUAAAUAUAACGGAUGAUACAAUUAGUUAUUUUUUGUUUGACUUUCCACGAUUUGUGUGGAUAUUGUUUCACAAAUCGUGGAAAGUCAAACAAAACCAAUGAUGAAAUAAUUGUUUCCUACCGCCGUAAUUUGACUUUUAUUUUUAUUUUUUUUUAUCAUCCUUCACAAAGGUUCCGAAUUUUUUUUUUUUUUGCGAGUUUUCAUUUUUGAAGUAUUUGAUGAUGUGGAAUAUAGAGAAAUAAUUUUUUUUUCGACAUUGUUUCACAAAUCGUGGGAAGAUGAACAAAAACAAAGAUGAAAUAAUUGUUUCCUUCGGCUCUAAUUUGACUUUUAAUUUUUUUUUUAUCGUCCUUGACAAAGGUUCCGAAAAUGAUUUUUAGCGAAUAUUCAUCUUUGAAGUAUUUGGUGAUGUGGAAUGCAGUGGAAUAUUUUUUUUUGUUUUCAUUGUUUCACAAAUCGUUUAAAAGAAAACAAAAAAGAAUUAAAAAGAACUUUUUAGUCAUUGUGUGCGAUUUUCCUGUCGAUGUUAACUAUAUCAAGUCCCCAUAUUAUUAAUUUCUCACCAUCUUUAGGUAAAGACUGGAUUUUAUUUGUUAAAAUUUAAUUAGUUUAAUGUUAAUGCGUUUUUGAUGGAAGCAAAACUAAGCAUUACUGGCUCGGUUAACAUUAUGUUUUUCAAUGUCAUGUAAACACAAAAAAGUAAAUAAAUAAUUGUACUGUUUGUAAUAGUGAUAAUUUGAUUGGUUGGGUUGGACUAGGAUAAUUAUGAAAUAAUUUCUUUUUUAAUUACUCUAUUUGUAUGUGCUUUAUAAACUAUAUUUUAAAAAAUUAAUUGGAUUUUUAUUUUAUUAAUAAUAAAUAUUUUUGGCUGUUGAAGUUGAACUGGUUUCUAAUUCCUUGGCUUCCAGGUUAGGUAUGGUUUUGUUUUUAUAAAUGUGUUUUGUUAGAUGUACAUAAUUUGUCCGAUCCGUCUCUUUACUCCUUCGAUUUAUUUAUUUUCUCGAGGUAUUAUUGAUAUACUCAUAUAUUCGAAGUAUUCCAUUGUGCCAACCUCGAACCCCGGUCCUUCCAAUAGUGUUCCAGCUUCCGACCCCCCCGCCUCCUCCGAGAUGAUGACGACACGCUCUAUAAUUUUCUCCCGUUGGUUUUUUCAGGUCACUUUUUGUUCAAGCCGUUGAAACAGUUUCAGUGCGACGGCUGCCCGAGAA